UACCUAUUUUGUAAUACCGGGGGUUCUUUUAUUAUUUUUAAAAUCUGCAGGUUGCAAUAAAAAUAAUAGACAAAACAAGGUUAGACCCGAGCAAUCUGGAGAAGAUUUAUAGAGAAGUUCAGAUAAUGAAGCUUUUGAAUCAUCCCCACAUUAUCAAGCUAUAUCAGGUUAUGGAGACAAAGGAUAUGCUUUACAUUGUUACUGAGUUUGCAAAGAAUGGAGAAAUGUUUGAUCAUCUGACCUCCAAUGGGCACUUAAGUGAAAGUGAAGCACGGAAGAAGUUCUGGCAGAUUCUUUCAGCAGUGGAAUAUUGUCACAGCCACCACAUAGUGCACAGGGAUCUCAAAACAGAAAACCUUCUGCUAGAUGCUAACAUGAAUAUCAAGUUAGCAGACUUUGGCUUUGGAAACUUCUACAAGUCAGGAGAGCCCCUCUCCACUUGGUGUGGAAGCCCACCUUAUGCAGCUCCAGAAGUUUUUGAAGGCAAAGAAUAUGAAGGACCUCACCUUGAUAUAUGGAGCCUUGGGGUGGUGCUGUAUGUUCUUGUCUGUGGUUCUCUGCCUUUCGAUGGACCCAGUUUACCAACUCUGAGGCAAAGAGUACUGGAGGGGCGGUUCCGCAUCCCUUACUUCAUGUCCGAAGACUGUGAAACACUAAUCCGACGGAUGUUGGUUGUGGACCCAACCAAGCGAAUAACCAUUUCCCAAAUAAAGCAGCACAAGUGGAUGCAAGCUGACCCAUCUCUUCAGCAGCAGCAGUCUUUGUCCUUCUCCAUGCAAAACUACAACUCCAACCUGGGUGACUACAAUGAGCAGGUCCUUGGGAUCAUGCAAACACUGGGCAUCGACAGGCAGAGAACUGUUGAGUCUCUGCAAAACAGCAGCUACAACCAUUUUGCUGCAAUUUAUUACCUGCUCUUGGAGCGCCUCAAGGAGUAUCGAAGCAGCCAGCUAUCGAGUCGCCCCACAACUGGCCGUCAGCAAAGGCCGAGGAGCUCUGAGAUCAGCAGUGUUGAGAUGCCUCAGGACAGUCUCACUAGUGAAACCCUGCGAUCAUCUUUGCUUUACCAGCAACCUCAGAACCUGAUUCAGCCAUCCUUGCAGGCAGAAAUGGACUGUGAGAUGAGCAAUCCAUUACAGCCUGUGUUCUUUCCUGUGGAUCCCAACUUCAACGGGCUCUUCCGGAACCGCUCCAUCUCCCCCAACAGCCUGCUAGAGACCACCAUUAGUGAAGAAGUGAGGCAAGAGAAGGAGCUGGAAGAUGAAAUUAAGGCGUAUGACCACCCCAUCUGCAUCCCUAGCAACACCAGCAGGAGGCACACGCUGGCUGAAGUGACCACUCAUUUCUAUCAGCAUGCCCCUCCAUGUAUAGUCAUUUCCUCUUCUGCAAGCCCAACAGAGGGAACUAGUUCAGACAGCUGCCUUACUUCAUCUUCAAAUGACAGCUCAGUGGCCCUGAGCAGCUGUUUGGCAGGUCAAGUAAUGACGGGGAGCCCGGCCACAGCUAGGAUGACGUCGCCCUUCCUAGCUUCCCAGUCUGACGCUCCGGUGUUAGAAUCCCAGGGCUGCAUGGGAGGUGCUUCUCUCCUGCCUGUCAGCUUCCAAGAAGGAAGGCGAGCAUCUGAUACCUCAUUAACUCAAGGCUUGAAGGCUUUUAGGCAGCAGCUGCGGAAGAACGCUCGAGCCAAGGGCUUUCUCGGCUUGAAUAAAAUCAAAGGCUUUGCUCGGCAGGUGUGUCAGUCCUCCUCAUCUCGGGCAGCAAGGAGUGCCAUGAGCCCGUUCCAACACACACAGCCAAACACCUGCAUGUACAGCAGCAGUGGAAGUGGCAGAGAGGGACGAAGCCUCCUGGAGGAGGUGCUACAGCAGCAGAGAAUGCUCCAGCUGCAGCACCACCAGCUACUCCAGGCAGCUUGUCCCCAGACUUCUCAGACAUCUGCAACAAAUGGCGUCCCCUCCUCUGACAGCAUAGGUACCUGCAAAGCAUCCAAUUCUCUUCUGUUGUCAGAGCUACAAAGAGAGAACUCAUUUGAGCUGGCCUUUGCUGGCAACAGCCAACUGCUCCAACCUCAUUUCUUCGGUGUCAGCGUGUCACCGGUGUCCUCAGCAGCUCACCUUUUAGACACGCACCUGUACAUCAGCAGCAACGUUUCUCCAGUUGGCGCCACCUUCUCUCAGCAACAGAGUUUCUCUGCGCAGUCUCCGAGCUAUGACACUGUCACUCUGCAGCACGGGGAUUGUGAGAUGGAGGACCUGACUUCAAACCAGCUAGGGAAGUUUGUCCUGGUCAAAUGAGAGCCCCAGCUGCUGCAGCUCACGCUGCUCUUGCUGCGAAGAACUUUCACCACUGUUCCAUGGUGUGUGUGGAUCCAUGGCUGGCUGGUGUCGUGUGGACGAGUGACUCUCAGAAGCAAUAAAUUUUGAAGUAUGUGAAGAGGCUGUCUGGCUCAGAAAGCUAGCAACUUUAUAGAACUGAAACAAGCAAUAUGUAUGUCUUUUUGCUUCUACUAUUCUUGCACUGAACAAAUAUGAAUAGAAACUGAAUUUUUUAAAGGAAAAAUAAUGGUGGGGAAGAUGGGUGGGGCAUUUGUGGGGACAGGGAGGGAUGUGGUUGGGGAAGAACUCUUCGGUACUGUACUCAAGUCAGACCAAUACAGCUCUGCUGUUAUGCAAGAUUAGCAGCUGUCAGUAGUGGUGACACAGCAGGGAGAGGCUUUUCAAAGAAGGGACCAGAGCCUCCCUUUUUCACAAUAUUCAUUUAUGGGUUUGUGAAGAUGAUUACCUCUUUUAAAGAAAAUAAACAGAAAACCAGUGGCAUGCAGCAUUAUGCAUUCAUAGAAGACAAAAAUGGAAGCAUUGCCAUUUGUUGGGGAUUUUUUUCCUCCUGUUAACACUCAUGUUAUUUAAAGGAACCAACAUCCCCAUUCCACACCUCCCAGAUACAUAUACUUUAAAUGAAAACUGUGAACUUCUUGCUUGAUACAUCAGCUGGAAAAGCUUAAAAAGCCCUUCUAAUUAGUACAGAAGCAAGUAAUCUGUAGAAAAUGUAUCCCUUGAUAUCAGGAUCCAAAUUGCAUAAUGUCUGGUCUUUUGCAGGGAUGUUUGUUUGGGGGUGGUGGGGGUGUGUGUGUGUGUGUAUACAUAUGCACACAUGCACACAUGCAUAUAUUUUGUCAGUCUGAAUAAUCUGUGGGAAUCUUCUUAUAAACACUAAGUUUUUUCAUAUUCUUGCAGAGACACUGAGGACGGAAGCAUUAGUGCUGGUGGGGUGAUAGGAAGGGUUUUCUUUUUAAAAAGCCCUCCUGGAGGUUGCUUACAAAGUUGCCUGAGGGGUAUUUCUUAGUGCUGCACAUUGUUAUUUCCGCUGCUAAUUAUGUUUUUAUGCAUUUCAUUAUCAGGGUCCAAACAGAACUGACUCUUGGGGAAAUGUGCAAUAUUGAGGUUAUAAUUAUAUACUGACAAAGACAAAAGGAAUAGGCUAGAACAGAAUUCUACUCUAACGGAGUACAGCUAUUUCUGAACAAAACUGUAUUAAAAGUGAGUAAAACAGCACAAUCUUUGGGUGUUUGUUUUUGGUUGGUUUGUUUUUGGCAUAUUAGCAAAAUGAGGUUUUUGGAUUAGAUAGGUGUUUUCGUAUGGUUUUUAAUGCUGUAUAUGUAUAUAAAUAGGAAGCAGAAAACUAUAUAACACUAGUUAUUUUUUAUAUUUUGUAAUAUGCUUAUAUUGUGUUUCUGGUAUAAACCCCACUCCCAAGGCAGAGCAUGACUUCUGUUGGUAUCAACAGAAGUUAUGCUUGCGUAUAAAGGGGAGAAGAGACUGUGCUCCUACAGAAGUAAGUCGAGUAGGGCGUGCAAACUUUGGAAGCAGGUGAGCAAACAGUGAGCCAGCUUGGCUGGAAGCUGCCAUCCGACUGUCAGAAAAUAGCUGCAUUCUGUCAAAUGCUUAAAGGACCCAUCUCCCGAGUGUGACACAGGGUGCCUUCAAGUUACCUUGGCUUUGUGCAACCUGCAGUAUUACGCAUUUGCAAAUAAUAUAGAUACUGUUUUUUCGUUUGUUUCAUUUAAAAAAAAAAAACAACAACAACAAAAAAAGCCAAAGAUUGACCAGGUUAAUUGGUGGUAGUAGGAAGGGUUGAAGAUGUCAUGUGGCUCUGUCUGUGGCUCUCCAUAAACAACCUCUUUAUCUGUGUGUUGUAUCUGUGUGUCUAUAUUGGUGCAUCUCCAGCUUGCCACUGCUGCUACAUGGUCUGGAAGCUUCAAAGUGAGAAAAAAUUGCUUGAGUUGAAUUUCUGUUAAUGAGUGGUGCCUUGCAGCAGAGAAAACACCAAAGUCUCAUGCUCAUUUGUAGUGGUUUGGGAAAAAAAAAAAAAGACAAACCCAAAAAAAAACCUGAUUGCGUGGAGAUGGCUGGAGAGGAGGGCAAGAAGAAGCCAGCUCAU